AUGUACGCCGCUAGACCAAUUGCCCGCUCAUCCAUCCCCAGGACUCUUCGCUCAGCGAGAGCUCCCCGCAACACUCAGGCUCGCUUCCAGUCCUCUUCCACCGGUUCAUCAACUGGCUCCAACUCUCAUGUUGUUACCGGUAUUGCCAGCGGUACUGCCGUCGCCGUUGUCGGUUACACCAUCUACUCUUUGAGCCCUGCUGGUCGCAUGUCCAGAAAGGUUAACAGCGCCGCCAAGGAUGCUGCUCUCUACUACAAUGACAUGAGCAAGAAGAUUCAAGAGACCACUCCCGAUGCUGAUGAGGCCAUCAACUACGUCAAGGAGUUCGCCUACUCAUACGUUGCCUGGAUUCCCGGUGGUCGCAAGUACAUCGACACUGCCUUCAAGGACCUUGACACUCUUCGCGAGAACCACAAGGAUGAUGUCGACAAGAUCAUCAGACAGACCUACAUGGAGUUCCAAGACAUCACUAAGACUGGUUUCAGCCGUGAGAGCUUGAACAAGGCUAUGGAGGCUCUCAGCGACCUUUCCAAGAAGAUCGGCGCCUUGGCUGCCGACGCUGCUCAAGAUCUCAUGGACAACCACCCUCAAUUGAAGGAGUCAUUCGGCCCUAGAAUCGAGCAGCUCAAGUCAAUGGGUGACCAGUACGGCCCUGAGGUCAAGCAAGAGGUUGACAAGACUUGGGACCAGGUCAAGGAGAUUAUGGCUGGUGGCAUCAGCGCUGCCAACGUCAACAAGGCCCGCAAGAUCGUCGAGGAGAAGGUUGAGCAGGUCAAGAAGCUUGGUGACCAGGCAUGGCAGAAGGGUCUUGAGCAGGCCAAGCCUUACCUCGACAAGAACCCCAAGGUCAAGGAGCUCAUUGAGAACAACGCCGAUGCUCUCAAGCAAGGCAAUGCCAAGGAGCUGUUUGAGAAGGUGAAGAGCAGCAUCGACUCCGGCAACACUGGCGACCUUGAGGGCUACGUUAACAAGGCUGUUGACAAGGCCAAGUCCAAGGGUUCUCAGCUCAGCUCUCAGUGGGGCUUCGGCGGUAUGGAUCAGUACCUCAAGAUGAUCCCCAACGGCGGCGAGAUCCUCCCCAAGCUCCAGCAGCUCAAGGAGGUUGCCGAGAAGCACAAGUCUGAGGGCGAGAAGCUGUUGAACGAGACUAUGGAGGAACUCAAGAAGGUUCUCGAGAAGCAGUCCAACAAGGCCCAAGAUAUUGUCGAGAAGGCCAAGAAGGAUGCUAAAUAA